CAUUAAGAUAAGAUGUGUAUUAUUCUUUCGCUUGAAACGCUUUUAUUUUUGCAAGGCGGAACUGUUCUGUUGAGAUUCGUGGGGAAGGAAUUUCUUGUCGGACUCGGUUGUUGCUUACAUUUUUCUGAACAGGAACUACACUGCAGGUGGAGGGAUGAGUCUCUCCCCUGUGAUUGGCACAGAAGUGCCAGAAACGGCUAACGGGGUUGUGAGUGCCGUCUCUUCAGAAAACGGCACUCACGUUCCAGUCUCGAUGAAAUGUGGGGGCAGCAGAGUGCCCUGUCCUGCGGAGGCAUCAGAGGCCAGAGCCCUUGGACACACAGAGAACCACGUUGAUGUGGAAAACAGAGUUUACGAUGGCGAAGGCCGCGUGGACACAGAGACGUACAAUAAUGGAAGAACAUCCAGUUUAUCGUUACACAUCUCUCACGUGACGGACUCCUCCCUUCCUGCUGGCACGUGCACAGGAGACUCGGAAGAAUCAGAAUCAGGCUGCAAAGACACAGACAUUCAUGAGGCCUCACACACUGUUGAGCCUCCUGGUGCAGCUCUGCUGUGGGACCCAGCACAGCAAGCACACUUCAAUGAGUCAUCUCAGCGAGGAGGCCCUGCCACUGCAGACAGACAGCAGACAGACACUGUAGAUGGAGACACUGACAGCCGUGACGAGGAGGAAGAUGGAGAGAAGGAGAAACAGGAUGAGGAGGACGAUGAGAAGAAUGAAAAAAAGUGGAUUCAUCAGCGUGCAGGAGGGAGAACACACGUGGAGUCUUCUCGACACUACUCCUCCUCAGCCCCUGGUCCCAGCACCUCGUCCUCUUCCUCUACUCCACCUCCUCUUCUUCCCUCGGACGACAUCCCCUGCCCUCCCCACGUCAUGGCCCAGGUCUGGGUACGCAACGUCCGGGGGAUGCAGGACAGCAAGAGUCUGGAUGAAAUCAGCCAAUCGUGUGGAGGCAGUUCGGGGGCCCGGGGAGGGGGCAGAGGUGGCCAGUCGGAGGGCCGACGGGCCACGAUCUCCUCGGCUCUGGAGCUCGAGGGAACGGUCAGCCAUGAGGGGGACCUGACUCACUUCAUCUGCAAGAACCUGGAGCAUAAAAUCAAGAUGAGCUCCAAGCCCAGUUUGGACUGCAGUGACUCGGACUGUUCAGGUCCCAUCUACCGAAGCCGGGGGUCGUCACGGAGACCAGCGGACAUCCCUCCCAUUGAUCCCACUGUCCUAUUGGAUCUUCAGAGACACACCCAGGAAGUGGCGCACAGUGUGGAGAUGAUGAUGCGGAGCCUCAAUGGAACCAUCCAGAAUAUGACGGCUCUGAGUGUGGGCUACAUCCAGACCUACAGGGACUCCGUUGACAGCCUGGGAGAGUCUGUGGACAUGAGUAUAAAGGGCAUGUACACACUGAUGGCUCGCUGCGAGGAGUUGGAUCGUUCCAUGCAGCCCAUACACACCCUGGCUGGACAGAUCCGUGACAUCAAACGCACCCUGGACGCCCUGGAGGCGAUCUGCAAGUAACCCAACCUGUCUGGUGCGAAUACACACUCCAGCUGCAAAGAUCCGACAUCAAGCACAUCCUGAACGAGGCCGUCUGCAAGUAAACCCACCUUUCUGCAGGUAGCACACACACACUGCAGCGAAGAAUAAGUGCACCUCUGGAUUCCUGGAACCAUUGCUACUAGGCAUGCUGGAGAAUUGGCUCUCAUAGUCCCUCCGCUUGUUCAUCAUUUGAAGAUGAGCAUGUUUGUGUUGUGAGAUUUCUACUGAAUAUUGUUUGAUUUGUUCUCGGGGUUGAGCUUUAUCGUCUUUUUUUUUUUUUUCUUUGAGCACCCUCACUUCCUCUAAUGAAGUUUUCAUGAAACAAAAUCUCAAUUUCACCCGUUUUGGAGACACUUGGUGAAGUGCACCACACACACACACACACACACACACACACACACACACACACACACACACACACACUUGAAGAUGUGUGGGUAGAUGCUGCAUUGUUUCACUUUUCAGUCUGAGGAGGAAUAGUGUGUCACUAUCCGUCCAGCCCUCUUUGUUCAGAUUGCACUAACCGUUCCUCCCCACUUGGGGGCGAUGUUUCUCUCUCUGCCAGAAUGAACUUCUAAGAAGACAGUGACUUUUGCACAGGAAUAGAAAGUCUAUUUUUUAACCUUAUGCAACAAAGAUCAGAUUCUUUCACUGCAGGCUAAAUGAGGGGAGGGGGGAGCAUCAUGUCAGUCUUUUUGCUAUGGUUAUUUAUUCAGUUUUCUCAGCAUGCUUUCAUUUUCAACUACACUGCAGCUACACUGCUACGCUAAGCUGAAAAGUGUCGAUAGUUGUCGAAAGUAAUGAAAGGGUUUCACUUUUUCUACUCGGACUCUCUCAGACUGUUCGUCAAUUACAAACUGGUAACUUUUAUGUCUGCUUUUCUAAUUUGAAGCUACUACCAGCCAUGUGUCAUUCGACCUAAACCCUCACUUCCCUUACUCCGUGUCAAUGCAAGAUGUGUUCGAGCACAUAGCUCGAAAGAUUUCUCAUGUAGCCUACACAGUGGCUUUACAUAUUUCAAAAGCUUUCGGUACUGAUUUGACUUUGAAAUGUUAUCCAUAUAAAAACAUGCUGCUAGGCUGAUGAAUUCAGCCUUUGAUUCAGUCACUUUAAAGAAAUGAUAUAUGUAUUAGAAGAGCUCAGUUUCAAAACACAUUUUGAAUCCAAUAAAUGGCGGCACCCUCACUUCCUCUAUGGACAUCUUCAUUAGAAACAAAACUCUUUAUUCUGCAUUGACUUCAUCCAUAUUUGUAUCGGUGGCGGGGGGGAAAGAAAUCCUGUAAAUGAAAUUCAAAUCUGUCAUUCUUCUGAUUGUACUGAACCGUCUCAACAGUUACAUUUCUGUGCAGCAUGUUCUAGCUUUUGUUUUCUUCAACACUGAAAAUAUUGGGCACGUUUGUUUCAACAAAGGAGGAUUAAAUCUGGGAAACGUCGCUGGAGUCGAGACACAGCCUUCGCAUGUGAACUAACGUGGACUCGUAUCACAUUUAAUUUAAGUGAGUAUUUAUUGAUUUACUCGAUGAGAAGCCACUGAGCGACUGCAGUGUGGCUGGGCUGUGAGCGUUGCACUUGAUUUAAUGAACGUCUGAUCAUUACUGAUGGCAGCCAACAUGCAAGUUGGAUGAUUUUGGGAUAUUUCAUGUACAAAACAUUGUUAGAGGAAAACUGCAAGCAAAUUAGUUACAUAACCAACAUGCGGCUCUGCACCUGUUAAUGUGUUUUCAUCUCUAUGGGGAAAGAUCAUGUUUUUGGCUUCACAAAUUAAAUUCUGUGUCAAAUCUGCUCUCUGUCUCCUUGGCACUUUCCUCGACCUUUUUUGGCAAAAGUUUGUGAAAAUUGUCAGAGGACAACAUCAAAGAGGAAAGGGAGCAUCUUUUAAAAGCUUACAUUAAAUGAUGAUCCCGAGUCCUUUUUAAUUACACUGAAAUGUUCUCCAUCAUGUCCGUAGCUGUAAAGAUGUAAAUGCUCUUUUGCAGAUGAAGGUAAGCGUCCAGAGAGUGGACAUUUGGGAGUCUUAGUAGAUUUUUCGAGGUGAGAGGACGCUUGAGAUGGGAGAUGUGGCAGAAAAUGUCGUUGUUCAUAAUAUAAAUGUAUGAUUAAUUCAUUUUCUGUUGUAUAAUUGGAUGCACCUGUGUAGAUAUAUCUUUCUGUAACUAAAAAAUGAUUUAGAUACCCUUCGUCUUGGUGUAUAUUUUAUUUAAAAAUAACAAAUAAAUUUACAUGAGCUGCAAAAACAAA